UGCGUGUUAGUCAGGCGCAGAUCGUGUACGUGACGCCUCUGCCGUCGCAGUGAGCGUCGUUUAGCCUGGCAGGCUGCAGCAGCGCGGACCGUCGACUCCGACCGUUGGAAGACGCUCACCUCUUCUUCAUCCGAUAGAAGAUGGCCUUGUCUGGCUGGAUCUGUGUGGUAACCGGGGCCUCCAGGGGUAUCGGAAGGGGGAUAGCUCUCCAGCUGUCUCAGGCUGGGGCCACCGUCUACAUCACUGGACGCCAGGAGCGGACUCUCAAACAAACGGCUGCCGAGGUGAAGGAGCGAGGUGGAGACUGUAUUCCAGUCAUCUGUGACUCCACCAACGAUAAGGACAUAGAGGCGCUUUUUGAGCGGGUCAAGCAGGAGAGGAGUGGCAGGCUGGACCUCCUGGUGAAUAACGCCUAUGCAGGAGUGCAGGACAUCUUUGAAAACAUGGGAAAGAAGUUCUGGGAAACAGACCCGUCUAUUUGGGACUCCAUCAACAAUGCUGGGCUCAGGGGCCAUUAUUACUUCUCAGUCCAUGCUUCCCGCAUGAUGGUGGCUCAAGGGCGGGGCUUAAUCGUCAUGGUGUCCUCAAUGGGAGGACUGCGCUAUCUCUUUAAUGUGGCGUAUGGAGUCGGCAAAGCUGCUUGUGACCGCUUGGCUGCAGACAUGGCAGUGGAGCUGAAGAGGAGAGGAGUGGUGUCGGUCAGUCUGUGGCCGGGAGCCGUGCAGACCGAGCUGGUCACUCAGCUGAUGCAGAGUGACAAAAGUGUGGCCAACAUGGAGGGCAUCAACAAGACGGGCAAAGAAAUCUUCGCCAACGGAGAAACAACAGAGCUGAGUGGGCGGUGCAUCGUCCACCUGGCACAAGACAAGUCACUGAUGUCCCUGACGGGCAAAGUCCUCAUGACCUGUGACCUGGCCCAGCGCUACGGCUUCAAAGACAUUGACGGACGGAUCGUGAAUGACUACACCUCCCUGAAAUUCUAUCUGACGCAAGUUCCUUAUCUGUCCUGGCUGUCCCCUUUCGUCCCCUCGUUCAUCCGAGUCCCGCGCUUCGUCCUGACCCUGGCCUCCGGCCGCUUCUGAGCACCAGCUGACGCCCUGUUCCCGUGGUGUGUCUAAGCUGAUUCUUGCGGUACGCUUACAUGCGCCAACCCAUCUGGGUCAACUUACACAGGCAGUAAUCUAGAGGGGAAGUCAGCAGCCGGAGAAGAUUCUUGGACGUGAACUUUGAUAAACCAGCAUUUAAGCAGCAUCAGCUUUAAAACAACCUGCAAUCAAACAUUUUCUACAUUGCCUCACGACCAUUUUCACAAGUCUACUAUGAGAAAUAGAACAUUUGUCUGUUUUUAAUCUUAGUGUAAAAUGAAAACUGGAUUCAGUUGAAAACCUUACAGCAUAUGCUGUAUGGGCUAGUUCAUUAAGUUUGGGUCUAGAUCCAGUCGUGUCGGCUUCUUGUCGUGAAGAGCGACAAACUUUUUCUGUGUAACAAACAAAGUGAAGUCAGAAAACUAAAAAUAUUUUUCUAUUGCUAAGUUUGAAGUGAAUUAACAUUUUACAUCUCCACUGAAUGUAUGAAAGUAACCUACUGGAGUCAAAUAAAAUAAACGAUGACAUGAAAUACUUCUCAUCAAUGA